AGCCCAACGACAACAGGGGGAGCCUUCCGAUUGAUUAUCAUCAGUCCUUUCCUUGGGGGUUCCACGACCUGCCUCACUUCAGUAUCACCAUUUGGUUUGAUGACAGAAGAUGCCGGGUACCCAGAUGUCUGAAGAUAGGCGCGAGAAUGAGACUUCACGGUACGAUGAGUUGCUGCGCACAACAUGCAGGCCCCUCAAUCAGAUCAGCGCCGCGGGGCCUGAAAAGUCGCCGGAUUCUGUCCUCACAAGUCUCGCCCAGCUGGCGACUUGCCAGACCAGGACAGAGCGCUCACUUAUAUCACUAUUUGAUGAGACGAGGCAGUACAUAGUCGCCGAAGCAACUCCCUCCACGUCACUUAUAAAUAGCUCAUCGGUAGGCAACAGCGACGAUGAACUCUUGCUCUGUGGGACCUACAUCCCCCGCGCCGAUGGGGUCUGUCACUAUACGCUACGUGCUACUGAGGAGUCCCUGGAUGCUCCUGCUUCACAAGAAUUGCCGGUUAUCGUUGUCCAAGAUCUGGCCACUGACCCGAGGUUUGCAUCGAGUCCAUAUUGUCGUCCUGGUAGCUUCGCCAGGUUUUACGCCGCUGUGCCUAUACGGUCCCCCCGGGGCAUAAACAUUGGUGUCUUGUGCGUCAUGAACUCUACGCCUGGUGCUGACUGGGAAGAGAAGCACUCAAAUAUCCUGCGGGGACUGUCGCAAACAAUCAUGGAUCACCUCGAGGGUAAUCGGAUCAAGCAUUCCCUAAAACGCAGCACGGCAAUGAGUCUUGGUCUUCAGCGAUUCACUGAGAGAGGGUUAAUUCCACGCGAAGGUCCAGUUCAGAAUUCGCAUCUCGACACAGAUCAUCAUGUAAGCGAAAACAAAACGCAAGAAAAUCACGAAAAAAGCUCUGCUACACGCCGUAUACCCUUGGAUAUUCCGGACUACCAACGUCAGGAACAUACAACCCCAAAUCCAUUUCACAUAGCAGCCACCAUCAUCAAAGAAGCCCUUCAUGCAGACAACUGCGCCUUUUUCAGUGGAGAUUCUAGGGAUCUUCAUCUAGUUCACUCACCAGAAACAGAAAACCAGUACGACUUCUCCCUCGAUGGAUCUUGCCUUAGUCCGGGCGUCUACAGCAGUGGGAGUAUAAACGAAAGUCCAACGGCCAAAUUCCAACUUCCUUGCCAGCUACUUGGAUCAUCCAAUAGCCCUGGCUCUAAUUCCUUUAAAGACGUUGAUAAUAUUUCACAAGUCUUUUUAUCUCACAUGCUUCGAAAAUAUCCCGAAGGCUGCAUAUUUGACUUUAAUUCUCAGCAUGCUCAAGGUUCAUUCGCUCAUAAUACGAAACACUUCGGCUCGGCUUGUAGUCUACCAGAAGAACAACCAUUACCUCCCAGCACCUCUUCAAGAAAGGACCAAGAAAGUUACGAGCAACGGGAACUCCAAGAUGCCUUCAACGGAGCCCGAUACGUAGCUUUCAUCCCUAUCUGGGACCCCCUCAAGGGCAUGCUUUCCACCGGCGGCUUUGCAUGGGCAAAGGCACCUCGGCGCGAGCCUGACCGAGACAGCGAACUGUCGUUUUUCAGGGCCCUCGGAAUACUGGCGGCAUCAGAGGCCUUCCAGAUAGAAACCCUGGCGGCUGAUAAGGCCAAGUCGGACGUUCUAGGGUCGAUAUCUCACGAACUACGCUCGCCGCUCCACGGAAUCACGCUUGGUCUCGAACUGCUUAACGACUCUGGACUUGGUGCAGCGCAGCAGAACAUAGCUCACCUGAUCGGGACAUGCUGUCGUACUCUGCUUGAAACGACAGAGCAUCUGCUUGAUUUCUCAAAGGUCAAUCAAUCGGUGGGAUCAGAUACGAUCAACGACGAGCGUUCAGGGAGAUCCAAGUUCGGUAUUGUGCCCUCAAAUAGGGAACAGAUCAUGAAUAAAACGAUCCGCCUGGACCAGAUCGCUGAAGAUGUGGUGGAGAGUGUCUAUGCUGGUCACAGCUAUCAGCAUGCGUCGAUCGCUCACAUCUUCAGUCCUCCCAACAGCCGAAAGAGUGCUGAAGUUGGGGCUAUGCGACGCUUGGACUCUAUAGAGGCUGCAGAAGCAAAAGCUAUCGAUCAGAGGAACCGACGACAAGAUGGUGUUGUUUCCGUCUUUUUACUCUACGAUCCAACGCUUUCUUGGAGUUUCCAAACGCGGGCCGGUGCAGUCCGCCGAAUUAUCAUGAACCUCCUUGGAAACUCACUCAAGUACACCUCCCAGGGCUUCAUCAAGGUCACGAUGACUCAGUCUCAACCAGAAGAUGCAAUGAGCGCAGAACGGAUGAUCGAACUGGUUGUUGAAGAUACUGGUCGGGGGAUCAGCGAGGACUUUCUUCGCAAUAAUAUCUUCAAACCUUUCUCUCAAGAGGACCAGUUAUCCACCGGGACGGGGCUGGGGCUCAGUUUUGUGCAGAGGAUCACGUAUCAGCUUGGUGGCACAAUAUCUAUCAACAGUCAAGUUGAUGUUGGUACCAAAGUCACAGUCUCAAUACCCAUGCUACAAGGCACAAACUCUCCAGCAUCUGAAUAUGUGGCAUACGGGUCGCACUAUGAACAGGGCUCAUGUCAUGGUCUACGCGCCAGGUUGACCAGCCUACCUCAGAGCCACGGAGAAGCUCUUCAGCACGAGUCUAACACUUCCAACGCCCUGAUGAACGAGCUGUGCUUCGAGCACCUAUGCAUGGUACCGGACGCGGUACCAGAGACUGAACGGCUAGCUCCCGAUGUUGUUAUCGUGCAGGAUAGUUCAAUGAGCAACCCUUCAGAACUAGUUCACUCUUGGCCCGACGCACCGGUGCUGGUGGUAUGCAACAACGCACUUGUCGUUCAAAAAUAUGAAUCAGCACACGUAUUAACUGGUCGUACGAGAUUCCACGACUAUGUUGCGCAACCCCUCAGUCCGAACAAGCUGGAAAGGGCAGUCUCCAGAGCCAUCACCCUUUGGGCUGAGUCAGACGACAGUCCACAUACCGCAGGAACAAUACCAUUACCGACGCCAUCAGACACAGUGUCGUGCAGCCAACCACCGACACCCGGCCCCUCAGCCAUAGCGAGCCCCUUGGGCAGCCUCGUCCCAGCCCAAGACUACUUCCAGACCCCACAGUUCCUCCUAGUAGAAGAUAACCCCAUUAACCUCAAGAUGCUGACAUAUUUCAUGAGGAAACUCCAAAAGCCAUACCGCACCGCAGUGAACGGGCAGGAAGCGGUGGAUGCGCACAAAGAGACGCCGGGGCAGUUCAAGUAUGUACUCAUGGAUAUAUCAAUGCCAGUAAUGGACGGUCUAGAGGCUACGCGUCAGAUACGAGCGUUCGAGCGAUAUAAUGGAAUUGCUGCGUCGAAGAUCGUGGCCGUUACGGGGCUUGGAUCCGAGAGCACGCGGGACGAAGCAACACGAAGCGGUGUCGACGUUUUUAUUACAAAACCUGUCAAAUUGCGUGAGCUGGAAAUGGUUAUUAAUAGUUGAGGAGGAGCCUCGCUAGACAAGUGACAUGUUCCAGAACUUUGCCUAGGCUAACUCGACUACGCAGGAGGGGGAAAGCCAAGACAUGUCUGACGCUUGUUUCCAGCGGCCUGAGCGACGUGCAAGCACCUGGCAGCGAACAUGGCUCGAUGAUGAUGCACGUUACCAUGAAAGUAUGGUAGAAUUUUGAAAAGUCUUGCACUUUGCUAUAAACUCUCAGUCGUGCCGUAGAUCUAGGUAUAAUCAUUGAAAGAAAUCAUGAACAGUCCAACAUAGGCAAUGCAUAAAAG